GCGGGAGAUGGUCUACACUUCCCGGGAAUCCUCUCCCACCCGCCGCCUCAACAACCUGUCCCCGGCUCCGCACCUGGCCUCGGGCUCGCCCCCGCCCGUGCUGCAGUCCUCAUCGCCAUCCCGGUCCCGAAUGUCGUACAGCGGGGGCCGCCCGCCCUCGUUCGCCGGCAGCCCGGUGCACCACGGCAGCCUGCCCCCCGCCCCGGGCGUGUCCCCCAGCCCCAGCGCCAUCCUGGAGCGCCGCGACGUCAAACCGGACGAGGACCUGGCGGGCAAGAACGUGGUGCUGGUGAAGAACGAGGGGCUGUACGCGGACCCGUACGGGAUGGUGCACGAGGGCCGGCUCAGCAUCACCUCCACGCAGUCUCUGGCGGGGAUGGGGGACCCCUUCGGCUACUCGGGGGGGCUCUACAAGCGCGGCUCCGUGCGCUCGCUCAGCACCUACUCGGCGGCCGCGCUGCAGACSGAGCUGGAGGACACUUUGUACAAACCCAACGCGCCCAUCUACAGCGACACGUACGGCCCCGGGAUGGGGUUCCGCAUGCCGCCCUCGUCCCCGCAGAAGAUGGUGGAGCCGGGGCAGAGCCCGCACAGCCCCUACUCGGGCCCGCCCAGCCGCUCGUCGCCCGUCCGCCAGUCCUUCCGCAAGGAUUCCUGCUCCUCCGUCUUCAUGGACAGCCCCGUGGGCAAAACGCGCAACCCCAGCUCGUCCGGCGCUCCCGAGCUGUUCCCCGGCCCGGGCGAGCGGCCGCUCUCGGGCUUCGGCUCGCCGGGACCGGCCAAGGACACCGAGACCAGGGAGCGCAUGGAGGCCAUGGAGAAGCAGAUCGCCAGCCUGACCGGGCUGGUGCAGAGCGCGCUGCUCCGCGGCUCCGAGGCCGAAACCCCCAGUGAGAAAACAGAAGCCACCAACGGCGGGACCCCCCCGUCAGCGUCCACCAGCCGCAGUGGCAUGGGGACCCCGGUGCCCGCGCCGCCGCCGCCCUCGGCCAGCAGCACUCCGGCGGGGCAGCCCACGGCCAUCACCCGCCUGCACAUGCAGCUGCACCUGCACGACCUGCAGCACAACGCCAGCGACCUCCGCAACCAGCUGCAGCAGCUGCGGAAACUGCAG